CACACUUGAAGGCUUCCUUGGAACACGGAUUGAAGAUGGCCGAGCAAGACUCAACUGGCCCAGAAGCAGGAAGAAGACCUAAUGAUGUGAAGAUUGGAAGCAGAGAGGAAUUCUGGGAAACAAUGGUUCAGAAGGUCCAGGAUGAGGACAUGGUCAUCUUAGAUGUGCAGCUCCAGCAUUUCAGGCAGCUCCGCUACCAGGCAACUGAGGGCCCCCGAGAAAUCUGCAACCAACUCCACUCUCUUUCCCGUCGGUGGCUGAAGCCAGAGCAACACACGAAAAACCAAAUCCUGGACCUGGUGAUCCUGGAGCAGUUCCUGACCAUCCUGCCAGCAGAAAUGGCGAGCUGGGUGAGGGAAUGCGGAGCGAAGACCAGUUCUCAGGCGGUGGCCCUGGCAGAAGGCUUCCUCCUGAGCCAGGCAGAGGACCAGAAGCAGGAAGGGCAGCAGGCACAGAGUCUGUUUGCAGAAGUGAGACAUGACUUCCCUGCAGCAGAGAGGGCUCCAUCAGACGCCAGGCAGUGCCCCUUGCAAAGGGGGAUCAAGCAGGAGGGUGAUGGAUGUGCCUCCUUGCAGGGGGAAGGAAUGACACUGGGAAUGGACGUUGAGCCAUCUCUUCUUCUUUGUGAUGGAGUGGAACCUGAUCAGGGUCUGGUGACUUUUGAGGAGGUUGCUGUGUACUUCACGGAGGAGGAGUGGGCACUCCUGGAUCCUGACCAGAGAGCCCUGCACAGGCAGGUCAUGCAGGAGAUCCAUGGGAUUGUGACCUCUCUCGAGGGUGAGAGAUGGGAAGGGAAGAAAAAGAGAGAACCAUCUCGGAUAUCACCGAAAAGAGACAAAUGCAUAAAUAGCAAACAGCAGAGAAGGAAUGUAGAUCAGGAUUUGAGAAAUAAUUCCAUUGCUUCUCAAGGUAAUGGCUACUAUGAUAUCACGAUCCAAGAAAAAAUACAUAAAAGACAGAAGAAUAAGAAUAAGUUCGAAAUGCAAAGGAAAAAAUGCAAUUGUGAAUCCAGUGUUAAAGCUCAUUGCAAAAGUCACACAUUUAAAUGCCUGAAAUGUGGAAAAAGCUUCAGUCAGAAGAAAAAUCUCAUUCGGCAUCAAAGAACUCAGACACUGAAGAAAACAUAUAAAUGUUUGGAGUGUGGAAAGAGCUUCACUUGUAAGGGAGCCCUCACUUCUCAUCAAAGGACUCACACAAGGGAGAAACUAUAUAAUUGUUUGGAGUGUGGAAAGAACUUCAAUCACAAGUACUCUCUCGCGGACCAUCAAAGAAUUCACACAGGGGAGAAACCAUAUCAUUGUUUGGAGUGUGGAAAGAGCUUCAGGAAGAAAGAAUAUCUCCUAUCUCAUCACAGAACUCACACAGGAGAAAAACCAUAUCAUUGUUUGGAAUGUGGAAAGAGCUUCAGGAAGAAAGGACAUCUCCUAUCUCACCACAGAACUCACACAGGAGAAAAACCAUAUGAUUGUUUGGAGUGUGGAAAGGGCUUCAGACACAAGUACUCUCUCUUGGAACAUCAAAGAAUUCACACAGGGGAGAAACCAUAUCAUUGUUUGGAGUGUGGAAAGAGCUUCAACAAGAGGAAAUGUUUUAUUUUACAUCAAAGAAUGCACGAGGGGGAGAAAUCAUAUCAUUGUUUGGAGUGUAGAAAAAGCUUUAGUCAGAAGGAACAUCUCACUUCUCAUCAAAGAACUCACACAGGGGAGAAACCAUAUCAUUGUUUGGUGUGUGGAAAGAGCUUCAGUCACAAGAACUAUCUUAUGAAACAUCAAAGAACUCACACAGGGGAGAAACCAUAUCAUUGUUUGAAAUGUGGAAAGAGUUUCAGUCAGAGGAAAUAUUUUACUCAACAUCAAAGAACUCACACAGGAGAGAAACCAUAUAAAUGUUUGGAAUGUGAAAAAAGUUUCAGUCAAAAGUCUUCUCUCACUCAUCAUCAAAAAACACACACAGGGGAGAAACCAUAUAAUUGUUUGGAGUGUAGAAAGAGCUUUAGUGAGAAGAGAAAACUUACUUCUCAUCAAAGAACUCACUCAGGGGAGAAACCAUAUCAUUGUUUGGAGUGUGGAAAGAGCUUCAGUGAGAAGGGAACUCUUAUUUGUCAUCAAAGAACUCACACAGGGGAGAAACCAUAUCAGUGUUUGGACUGUGAAAAGAGCUUCAGUCACAAGGGAACUCUUAUUUGUCACCAAAGAACUCAUACGGGAGAGAAACCAUAUCACUGUUUGGAGUGUGGAAAGAGCUUCAGUCACAAGGGAACUCUGACUUCACAUCAAAGAAUUCACACAGGGGAGAAACCAUAUCAGUGUUUGGAGUGUGGAAAGAGCUUCAGUGAGAAGGGAACUCUUACUUGUCAUCAAAGAACUCAUACGGGAGAAAAACCAUAUCAUUGUAUGGAGUGUGGAAAGAGCUUCAGUCGGAAGCUAAUUCUCACUCACCAUCAAAGAAUUCACAAAAAUGAGAAACCAUAUCAUUGCUUAGAAUUUGGAAAGAGGAAAUAUCUCAGUUGUCAUUAA